GGAGGCGGGGCGACAUCCCAAACGGAAGGUGGUUGUUGUCGGUGCCGAAGCUUGUUUGAAACUGGGGGUCGGGCCCUGUUGUCGUUGUUUGUCGCCGCGGCCCCGCUUCCGGGCUAGGCAGUUCCUGCCCGCCCCCGCCCCGCCUCCCUUGAGACCCCUCCGUCCCAGGCCCGGCUCCCCGCCCGAAUCCGCGCCCCGCUCUUCACUCCCCGCUGCCGCCCCGGCCCGCAGUGCGGCCCCGCCGCCACCAUGUCCCUGCACGGCAAACGGAAGGAGAUCUACAAGUAUGAAGCGCCCUGGACCGUCUACGCCAUGAACUGGAGUGUGCGGCCAGACAAGCGCUUUCGCCUGGCGCUGGGCAGCUUCGUGGAGGAGUACAACAACAAGGUUCAGCUUGUUGGUUUAGAUGAGGAGAGUUCAGAGUUCAUCUGCCGAAAUACCUUUGACCACCCAUACCCAACCACAAAGCUCAUGUGGAUCCCUGACACAAAAGGCGUCUACCCAGAUCUGCUGGCGACCAGCGGCGACUAUCUCCGUGUAUGGAGGGUUGGUGAAACAGAGACCAGGCUGGAAUGUUUGCUGAACAACAACAAGAACUCUGAUUUCUGUGCUCCCCUGACUUCCUUUGACUGGAAUGAGGUGGAUCCCUAUCUUUUAGGGACCUCAAGCAUUGACACGACUUGCACCAUCUGGGGGCUGGAGACAGGGCAGGUGCUGGGACGAGUGAAUCUUGUGUCUGGCCACGUGAAGACCCAGCUGAUCGCCCAUGACAAAGAGGUCUAUGACAUCGCGUUUAGCCGGGCUGGGGGUGGCAGAGACAUGUUUGCGUCUGUGGGUGCUGAUGGCUCCGUGCGAAUGUUUGACCUCCGUCAUCUGGAACACAGCACCAUCAUUUAUGAAGACCCACAGCAUCACCCAUUGCUGCGCCUCUGCUGGAACAAGCAGGACCCUAACUACCUGGCCACCAUGGCCAUGGAUGGAAUGGAGGUGGUGAUUCUGGACGUCCGAGUUCCCUGCACACCUGUUGCCAGGUUAAACAACCACCGAGCCUGUGUCAAUGGCAUUGCCUGGGCCCCGCAUUCUUCCUGCCACAUCUGUACUGCAGCGGAUGACCAUCAGGCUCUCAUCUGGGACAUCCAGCAAAUGCCCCGGGCCAUUGAGGACCCUAUCCUGGCCUACACAGCCGAAGGAGAGAUCAACAAUGUGCAGUGGGCGUCGACCCAGCCCGACUGGAUCGCCAUCUGCUACAACAACUGCCUCGAGAUACUCAGAGUGUAGUGUUGGUGGUGCACCCUCGGGGCAGGGGCUCGUGUUCCCGCCUCUGCCCCACCCCCAGAGUAAGAAGAAACCUGUUCCGGUGGCCAGUAUGUCUUUUGUUGCUUUGCACCCACUGUUACCAGAAGCUACUCUAGGAGUUCCUGGCCAGUCACCCUGUCGCUCUCCGUGCUGGACUCAGUGCUGUGUGGCGCCUCCUCGGCCCAGGGCUGAGUUUUAAGAGUUUCUCUCUUCCUUCCUUGAUUAAAAGUUUCUGUAUAUUUGUUUGUCAGCUGUCGUGUUAAUGAGCAGUACAAGCACUGGCUGUGUUUUAUUCAUCUGGCCCAGAUGUCUGUCUGUUUGCUGCCCAAGGCAGCAGUGUGUGUCUUGUCCAUGUCCACGCCAGCACUUACACGGGAUCAAAUACCAAUUUAAAGUUGUCUUUCCUCCUAGAAUCAGUGUCUUUCACAAAUUUCAACUUUGUAUAUUUUUUACCUACCAGGCUAAUUUUUUUAUGGACAGAAUUUUACUCCUCUGGUUUCUUCCUGUGUUUCCCAGUCCUCCACCUCUGCACCUUCCUCUCUUCCCUCAGGGUCUGGAGCUGGGGCUGGGCCCUGACCCCAUGAGCAGUUUGCCUUCUUGAGUCACUGCCUGUGUGGCACCUCCCUGACCGGGGGUCCCAAGCCACCUUGGUGCUCUGCAGUCUGCCCACUCCUCACACCUUGCCUCAGCCUGGCUCUUCUCAGGGCCAUUCUGGGCUCCGAAACAGACACGGGAAGCCUCCCAUCACUCUCUGAAGCACUGCUGGGUCCCCCGACCCCAGUCCCCAUCCCUGUCGGGAAUGAGCUAGCGCUCAGGCCGCCAGGCUAACUGGGUACCAGAAUUGAGAGGAACAGUCUCAGGAAAGCUGGAUUUACUGUUUCUUUCCAGUGCAUGGUUGCAGAGUCUGUUUCCCACCAAGUGUAAACACUAGGCUGUUGCGUUUCGUGUCUUGACCUGUGGGCAGGAAUGAUCAGGAAGCUGGACUUUGGUGUUUCUGUGUGGCGAGUGCACUGCGCCUGAUGGCCUGCUGGUUCCUCGUGGGCUUGAGUGCCCUGUGGCAACCCUGAGGAAGGUCUUCAGUGGAGGAGACUGGCAGCUGUCCUAGGGGAUGAACCCAGUGGUGGUGAUGAUCCCAGGUCAUUAAGCAACUAGCUGCAGACUCAGAGGCCCUAGGGUCAGCCAGUGAAGCCCCCACCCCCACCUGCACCCCCCGCCCCAGAUGCAGGUUCCGAGCAGAACUGGACUUGUGGGCUGUGGCUGUGUUGACUGAGAAGCUGCAAGUGUCUGUUUCCGUUCCAUGAGCGAGUUCCGUGGAGGGGCCGUGCGUGCUGUUAGAUGAGUCCUUGGGCAGUCAGAGUGUGGGACAUGCUCCGGGGCAGAGUUCACCUGGUUCCUGGUGCUCUGCCAAGUGCCUGAAGGUUUGCAAGACCCUCUGAAUUGCACAUUGAAAUUAAGAGACCAGCAGGCCUUAGACCAGUGGUUUUGUCCACCUGGGCUCUUGCCUGCUUGAGAAAUGAAAGAAUUAAUUUUGUUCUUCGAGCCCUUAACUCCUUUUGGUUGAGUCUUUCUUUUCCAAAGCGGAUGUAUUUGUAUGCCAAAGGUCACAGCUCUGCUUGCUGCACAGGGGCUUGUCCCAGAAGAAAAGGCUCUUCAUUGUAGUCAGGCCCUGUGCUCUUCUGCCUUUAUACUUUGUUCAGAUUUGAGGGCUUUUUGCUGGCGUCUGCAUGAGGCUCACUCCUGCCUUUAGCACUAGAUCACACGGCGUCGUGGCCGGGAGGUGGGGGCGGGCAGGCCAGCGGUUCUUGAUUGGAACGCUCCUCUGCUGACAGCGUUUGGUAAUGGCUCUGGGGUCCUUCCCUCCGUAGGAGCAAGUGAGCUGAUGACUGCUGUGUUGGGAGCCCAUCCGCUCCUGCCUGUGGAGAGGGGUUACCAGAGGGGGUCACGGUCCUGCUGGGACCACGCUUGUCUCUGCUGAGCUCUGAGUCAGGAUUCUUGCACUUGGACCUGGUCUGAAUGGUGAGAAGAUUUGUCAGCCGAAGCUCAAAAACAACAACUUGAAAAAGUGUUAACAGUAGUAGUGAUAAGAAUCGGAUAAGAUAGCUAAUUACUCUGGAAGCCAAGGGCCCCAGACGGUUUCCCCCCUUGCCCUGUGGGCUCCCAGCCCCGUCAUCCUCCCCCAGGCCCUGCAGUGUGUCCCGUCUGCGUCCUCCUCAGGACUCAGGCAAGCCCACACGUGCUCACAGCUGCUGCGACUUGAAGCCCCAGCUCUCUCGUCCUCCCUUUAUGCCACAGGCCAGGCGGCCUCACGGCUGAGGAGGGGAUUUCUGCCGUCUCGGGAUCUGGAAAGCCUCUGGGUCCUCUGGGAAGCACAGAUCUGUGGGGGUUUCGGAAGCAAGGCUCCGCUUCAUUUGUUCAGCUCCUCAGAUUGACAGGCAGCUGGCCUCGUGGACAAGCAGCCCCGGGGCCUCACCAGGAAGCAGGCAGCUCCGAGCGCCGGCGCAGCUCGCCGUGGCCCUGUGUCUAGCUCUCCGCAGCUACCUGUGCCCUCCCACCUGCUCUGAGGAAGGGGAAGCUGCUGGAAAGAGCAGGCCUCAGGUCUCUGCCACCAGAGGGCUGGGGAGUGGGUCCACGCCCGGCCAGGACUUGCAUGUUUAUACCCAGGGGAGUCAGAACCCUCCCCAGGGAAGAACCAGCCUGCAAGGUGAGGACUUGAAGAGCAGAGGCACGUGGUAACUCGGUGAGAAUUUUCUUUGCAGACCCAGAAUCAGCUCUCAGAGAAUUGGCUAAGAUCCAGGAAGAAACAGGAAAGAAAAAAAAAUGAAAUCCGGCAAGAUUUUGGUGAUCAUUGUGGCUGAAGUUUUAGAAGAUUUAAGACCCUGGAGAAAGUCGAUGGUGUGUGUGUGAUCAGACAGGCAACUUGCAAGGGCAGUGAGGGUCUGAGCUGGGUGUGGAAUGAGACCACGCCCUCGCCCGAGUCGGCCUUCCUGGGCCGUAAAUCAGGCAUCUGAUGCUGGUGAACUGCGCUGACAGGAUGACCGAGCGGGUCAGAGGGCUCCUCUCAGCAGCAGAGCACCCAGAGGUGAUGUUUGGUGGUCCCAGUCUGUGCGCCGUGGAAGCCCUGUGACUGUUCUGGACUGUGACUCUUGGUUGCUGUUUAGAGCAGCAAGAAGCAGAAGUUGUAAACAGGCAUGCAGGCUUUCUCCCUCUUCUCUCUCCUCUCCACCAUAGCCCUUUCUUGUUGCAGGCCUGGCCCUGAGUUCCUGGACAGCAAGGACGUGCAGGAGCGCGGGUUUACCAGGCAUAGGAGGGCAGCACGGGACUGUGCCUCCUUCAGCUCUCUUAGGUAGGACAGGCCACUGAAGUAGAAGAAGCCUGAAAAUUCACUUCUCUCCUUGCUGUCUGCAGUCCAGGACGAGGAAAGAGGGUCAUGCUUGGCACUUAGGCUGGGCAGGAAGAGAGCUGAGCUGAGCAAAAGCCCAGCGAACCCUGGCCCAGGCUCUCUGACGGUGGUCCUCUCUGCCCCCGCCGGGCGGCUGAGGUUCUCAUGUUGCAGAGCCUUGCCUGCCCCGCUCCUCCUCACACAGUUGUCAUUGCUGCUGAUGGUCAAAGUCAGAUAUGGACUAGAUCCUCUCCAGGUACUUUCUGGAUGUUGUUUUUAAAAUAUGGAAACACAAAGAUGCCUUCCCAAAAAGGCUUGGACUAAUAGAUUAGACCAGAAACAAGUAAGUGAAAGAGAGUUUGAACUCACGAAGAAAGGUGUUGACAGUCUGUGUAAGAGCUGGAGAACUUACAAGCACCUCCCCGUCCUUUGGGACAACCCGGUGAACAUGAACUUGGGAUAUCUGUGAUUUAAAAUGAAUGUCCUCACCUUGGGUUGAUUGUGGCACACAGUGUGUUAUGGGGAUUGUUGAGCUGAGGCUGUGACUCGCUUAGCGAGUGUGAAUCAUCCGCUUUGAUUGCUGUGCAUUUUAUGACCCCUCUGUCAGUGACUUCCUCCUCCCGCUCUGAAUUUGUAGCAUGAUUGUCUAAAGCUCUAUGUAGAAAAUGGAGAUUUCCUGUUCUCUGAAAUGUUAACCUCUAACCAGUUCAUUUCUGUGCCCUUUAGCCUAGUGUGUCUGGAUGAACUUUCUUGUGGUAUAUUGAAACUUUCCCUCUAUGCUAUAGGCUUUGUGGCAUCCCGUGGUCAGGUGGAGAGGAAGUGUCUCUUUGCAGAAUUGAACUGUAGUCAUUUUCCUUUUAUAAACAUUACUUCAGGACUGUACACAGGGCUUGUAAUACAUUUUAACACUGUGCUGUGAAACCACGAUGGAAAUCUCCAUUGAAAGCUGCUUCAAAGGCACCUGAACGUGGAGUGUUACAGUUUCUAUGACUUUAUUUCUUGUUUCCUAAGUACAGUAGACCUAACUUUAACCUUUCAUUCUGUUUCAGCCUCCUGUUUAAGAAGUACCGUAUUUUCUGCCCAUCAUACUUUGUAAUAAAACUUGAACAUGUAUAGAUUGAA